AAAUAACAAUAUUUCCUUUUCUGAUAUUCUCGUAUCUUCUUUUCUUCGCCCUUCUCUCCAAAUGCUGCAAAAUCAAAACCAAAAAUCAAGAUCUAGUAGCAGUGUGUUUGUCUGUGACUGCAUAACCGCAAUAAAAAUGGUGGAAAGUGGAGAACAAAUGCAAAGUCCGGUAAUCCGAAAGAAAACGGCUUUGAUGGAAUCAAAUAGGCAAAACAUGGCUUCGCUUAUCAGUCCUAGGUUCAAAUCUGCUGCUGCUAUGGCUGGUUGGGAUGAAGAAGCACUUUUGCUUGCAGCUCUCAUUGUUGAAGAUACCCCAGAUCGAGAUUCCAAACAAAAGAAACGUCUUGUUUUGAAUUCCAAAUCCCCUCUCUCCAAUUCAUCAAGGAAACGGAGAUCUCUGAGGAACCCACAGCCGAUUGUUCUUGAUCUUGAUGAAGAAGAAACCCCCAAAAAGGAUAGUGGGAAGAAGAAGAGAGAAAAGAAGAAUGGCGAAGAAAGUAAAGUUGGAGAAAAGGAACUGUCUAAGAAGGGAUCUGAUGUGAAUUCCAACAGUUCUGCUCUUCCUUGUAUGGAUAAGCUAAGGGAGGAGCUUUCGUGUGCAAUUUGUUUGGAGAUAUGUUUUGAGCCAAGUACCACCCCUUGUGGUCAUAGCUUCUGUAAAAAAUGUCUGAAAUCUGCUGCAGACAAGUGUGGCAAAAAGUGUCCUAAAUGCAGGCAAUUGAUAAGCAAUGGGCGAUCGUGCACAGUGAACACGGUUCUGUGGAACACAAUUCAACUUCUAUUUCCUCAAGAAAUUGAAGCACGGAAAGUUGCUGCUAGCACCAUAAAUAAUAGACAAGCUGCUCAGAAUACAAUUCCAGAAACAACAUUUUAUACUAACCCAAGGAAUAGAAGUUUACAACCAUAUCCAUCCAGGGGUUUGAAUUCAAGGAGAAAUGAGGCGGCGACAACACAGGAUGAAGAGGAUGCUGCAUUGGCUAGAAGGCUGCAAAGAGAAAUUGAUAGAGAAAAUAACAACCGUAGAACUUCAACAUUAUCAUCAAUUGUAAGAGCGAGGUCAAGAAGAGGGGUUUCUAACCAAGAUGAAGAUGCUGCUUUUGCUCUAAGGUUGCAAAGAAAUGAGUUUAUGCAAGCUUUUAGAAGUAGCAGCCAGGAACCAUCAUCUUCUUCCUCCACAUUAUUAGCUGGACCAAAUUUGAGGGCUAUGGCAACUAGAGCCAUGAAUCUUCGUAAUAGAGAUAGAAGGGUAUAAUUAUCAAGACAACUAGAAAUGUAUGCUAAGAACUUGGAAAUGCAUGAUUAAACUGUACAAGCAGGCUAUCAUUAUCCUGCAAGAUGGCUGCAAAUCUUGUGUGCAUGUUAAGAACUUGGAAAUGUAUGAUUAAAUUGUACAAGCAGGCUACCACUGUUUUGAGUAACUGCUGUGAGAAUACUGAAUAUUAGAAUAAAUAUUUUUUAACA